AUGGGUUCUCAUGGAAUGCUUGCAAGAAGGGCUUUGCUUACUGAUACCCCUGUUAUGGUUCAGAUACAAGCGCUGAUCCGAGGUGUGAAAGAUUGUGUUUCUCUGGCUCAGGGGGUAGUGUACUGGCAACCACCCAUACAAGCUCUAGAGAAGGUGCAAAAACUUGUAUGGGAUCCUGUGAUCAGUCGUUAUGGUGCUGAUGAAGGUCUUCCUGAGCUCAGAGAAGCAUUACUGAAAAAGUUACGGCAUGAAAAUAAGUUACACAGAUCCUCAGUGAUGGUGACUGCUGGUGCAAAUCAGGCCUUUGUUAAUAUUGUUCUUACACUGUGUGAUGCUGGAGAUUCUGUCGUCAUGUUUGCUCCUUACUACUUCAAUUCAUACAUGUCAUUCCAGAUGACAGGAGUCACUGACAUUCUGGUCGGUCCUGGUGAUCCAAAGAUGCUUCAUCCUGAUGCAGACUGGUUAGAGAGGACUUUAAAGGAUACAAAACCAACUCCAAAGCUUGUUUCUGUUGUAAAUCCUGGCAACCCCUCUGGAACCUACAUUCCCGAGCCUCUUCUGCAGAGAAUAUCAGAUCUUUGCAGAGAUGCCGGAUGCUGGCUUGUGGUGGACAAUACGUACGAGUACUUCAUGUAUGAUGGUCGGAAGCAUGUCUGUCUAGAGGGGAAUCACAUAGUGAACGUAUUUUCUUUUUCUAAAGCUUAUGGAAUGAUGGGAUGGCGAGUUGGAUAUAUUGCAUUCCCUUCAGAAGUGGAAGGUUUAUCAGCUCAACUCCUUAAAGUCCAGGACAACAUACCUAUUUGUGCUUCUAUAAUCUCACAACGACUUGCACUUCACUCAUUGGAAAUGGGGCCCGAGUGGGUCACCGAUCGUGUAAAUGAACUUGUCAAAAAUCGAGACAUUGUUCUAGAAGGUUUAUCCCCAUUGGGUAAGGAUGCUGUUAAAGGUGGAGAAGGUGCAAUUUACUUGUGGGCAAAGCUUCCGGAUAAAUUUCCCGAUGACUUUGAAGUAGUUCGCUGGCUAGCUCAGAAACAUGGGGUCGUCUUAAUACCGGGAUCCUCCAGUGGCUGUCCUGGGUAUGUUAGGAUUUCAUUUGGUGGGUUGAUUGAAGAUCAGUGUCGUAUCGCUUCAGAGAGGCUCAAGAAAGGGUUAGAAGAACUCGUGAACAAAGGAAUGGUGUUGUAA